AUGGUCUUCUCCGCCGGCGGCUCCGCGCAGCCGCACAACCCGAACGGCGACGUGCUUCUCACGGACCCGCCGUCGGACACGGUACAGUCGCUCUCCUUUUCCCCGCCCACGCUCGCGCCCAAGAGCUUCCUGGUGUCGGCGUCAUGGGACUCGGAGGUCCGGUGCUGGGAGGUGCAGUCCAACGGCUCGUCCACGCCCAUAGGCAUGAUCAAGCACUCAGCCCCCGUGCUGGACGUCGCGUGGAGCGCGGACGGGCGCUCCGUCUUCUCCGCCGGCGCGGAGAAGGUCGCGAAGAUGUGGAUGCUCUCCGGAAACCAGACCACCACCGUCGCCGCCCACGACGCACCCAUUCGACACGUCUUUUAUUGCAACGACUUGGGCAACGGCUCCCCGGCACUCGUCACGGGAUCCUGGGACAAGACCAUCAAGUAUUGGGAUAUCCGCGCCCCCACCGGCACCGCCAUGGGUACCGUCCAGCUCUCAUCAAAAGUCUAUGCCAUGGACGUCCGCGCCCCGCUCUUGGUCGUUGGUACCGCCGAUCGUAAGCUCAGGGUUUACGAUAUCCGCAAGCCGCAAGAAGUCUAUCAUGAGAAGAUAGCCCAGCUGAAGCAUCAGUUUCGAUGUCUCGCUACAUUCCCAGAUCAGGCCGGUUACGCAGUCGGCUCUAUCGAAGGGAGGGUUAGUAUUGAUCAUGUUCAGGAUAAGGAUAGGAAGUUGGACUUUGCCUUCAAGUGUCACAGAGAUGCUGAUAGCAACGUCAUCUAUCCCGUCAAUUCCAUCGCUUUUCAUGAGCAGCACGGCACGUUUGCAACUGCGGGCGGCGAUGGCGGCUUCAACUUUUGGGAUAAGGAUAACAAACAUAGGUUGAAGCAGUUUCAGAGGGUUAAUCAGCCCAUCACCGCAGGCGCUUUCAGCUCAGAUGGCAAUAUUUAUGCUUAUGCCGUGGGUUAUGACUGGAGCAAGGGCGCCCAGCAUCACAAUCCGGCUACUAAUCGAAAGUACAUUUUGCUGCAUGGCGUGCAACAGGCAGAGGUGCGGGGGAAGAAGACGCAAAAGAAGUGA